AUGGCUACCGCAGUUCUCUGUGUUUCCUUCCUUCUUCUCGUCUACUCCUCCUUCGUCUCCGGCGGCUACAGUGGGGGCAUCAUCCCCCCCAAGGAGCCGACGCCGUGGCCGUCGAGGAAGGGAUUUCCGGCGAGGCCGCCCACCAAGUUCCCGCCCGCGAACCCCUUCUGCCCCCGCGACGCCGUCAAGCUCGGCGCCUGCGCGGGCCUGCUCGGUGUCGGCGGUGUCGUCGUGGGGACGCCGGCGAGCAAGGGCGCGUGCUGCGCCGUGCUCGGCGGGCUCGCCGGAGCGGAGGUGGCGGCAUGCCUCUGCACCGUCGCUAAGGAGAGCGUCCUCGGGAUCGUCACCGAGUGGACGGUCGCCGUCAGCGCGGUGGUAAGCGCCUGCAAGACGAAGGUCCCCGCGGGCUUCAAGUGCCUCUGA